CACCGACCCAUCAGAACUCACGCUCCUUCCUGGCGAGGAGGUGUCCAGGAGAGGAGCUGGAGAGACAGGGUGUGCAGAGGUCGGGAGCCAGGGGCACAGGAUGGCACCGCGGAGGGCUGUGCGGCUGUCCCUGAAGAAGCCCACCUAUGCAGUGUGUGUGGUAGGAGUGGAGACGUACGUGGAUGUUCACAGCAAUGUGCCCAAGGGCGCUGAGAGCUUCGAGGUGUCUGGGAGCUCUGGCGUGAAGAUCUCCGUGGUCUAUGACCCAGCACGAGUGGCAGAGCCCACAGGGAAGGCCCGGUGGCCCCUGGGCCCCAAAGUGGAGGUGAUCAUGUCUGUGGACACAGCUAGUAAGGACUUAAGCGAUCUCAAGGUGAAGGUCUCCUACUUCAGGAAGCAUGAGGACAGUGCCCUGGGCCACAGCACGCUCUAUCUCACUGGCGUUGACAUCUCCCUCGAUGUUGACACAAGCCGCAAAGGCCGGGUGAAGAGGAACCGAGGUGACAAGAAAACCUGGCACUGGGGCCCCGAGGGCUACGGGGCUAUCCUGCUGGUGAAUUGUGACCGGGACAAUCCCAGGUUCAGGCAGCUUGACCUUGCCGACAGCCGCCUGACAUCACUGGAUGACCUGAAGGACAUGUCCCCAAUGGUGCUGACCUGUGAUGGCCCUGACAAGUUCUUUGACAGCCACAAGCUGGUCUUGAAUGUGCCGUUUUCUGAUUCCAAAAGAGUAGGGGUCUUCUGUGCCAAGGGUGGGAAUUCCCUCUCAGACUACAAGCAGGUGCUGGGCCCCCGGCACCUGUCCUACAACGUUGAGCGGCACCCAGGGGAGCGGAAGAUCACAUUCUACGUGGAGGGGCUCACCUUCCCUGAUGCUGAUUUCUUGGGGCUGGUCUCUCUCAGUGUCAGCCUGGUGGACAUGGGGAACCUGCCUGAAGAGGUGCCCCUCUUCACAGACACUGUGGUCUUCCGCAUGUCCCCCUGGAUCAUGACCCCCAACACCCAGCCCCCCCUGGAGCUGUAUGUGUGCAGCGUGUUAGACCGUCAUGGCUCAAAUGAGAAAUUUCUGAAGGACAUAUCUGCCCUGGUACUGAAAGCCAAGUGCAAGCUCAUCAUCUGCCCUUGGACUGAAAAUCGAAAUGACCGCUGGAUCCAGGACGAGAUGGAAUUUGGCUACGUGGAGGCCCCUCACAAAUCCUUCCCAGUGGUCUUCGACUCUCCCCGAGACAGAGGCCUGAAGGAUUUCGCUUAUAAGAAGAUCCUGGGUCCUGACUUUGGAUAUGUAACCCGGGAAAUCCCGUUCGCUGGUGCCUCUGGCCUUGACUCCUUCGGCAACCUGGACAUCAGCCCACCCGUGACAGUGGGCGGCAAGGAGUAUCCCCUGGGCCGGAUCCUCAUCGGCAGCAACUUCCCCAGGUCAGGUGGGAGGCGAAUGGCCAAGGUGGUGCGUGACUUCCUGAAGGCCCAGCAGGUGCAGGCGCCCGUGGAGCUGUACUCUGACUGGCUCUCUGUGGGCCACGUGGAUGAGUUCCUGAGCUUUGUGCCCACCUCCGACAAAAAGGGCUUCCGGCUGCUCCUGGCUAGCCCUAGUGUUUGCCUCAAACUGUUCCGAGAGAAGAAAGAGGAGGGCUAUGGGGAGGCGGCCCAGUUUGAUGGGUUGGAACACCAGGUAAAGAGAAGCAUUAAUGACAUGCUGGCGGACAGACGCCUCCGGAGUGACAGUCACUAUGUACAGAAAUGCAUCGACUGGAACCGGGAGCUGCUGAAGCAGGAGCUGGGCCUGGCGGAGCGGGACAUCGUGGAUAUCCCCCAGCUCUUCGUUAUGAGGGGCUCCCGUGCAGAAGCCUUCUUCCCUGACAUGGUCAACAUGGUGGUUUUAGGCAAACACCUGGGCAUCCCCAAGCCCUUCGGGCCCAUCAUCAACGGCCGCUGCUGCCUGGAGGAGAAGGUGCGGUCCCUGCUGGAGCCGCUGGGCCUCCACUGCACCUUCAUCAAUGACUACUUGUCCUACCACAAGCUGCAGGGGGAGAUUCACUGUGGCACCAACGUGCGCCGGGAGCCCUUCUCCUUCAAGUGGUGGCAUAUGGUGCCCUGAGCCUGCUAUUCGCCAUCCUCUGCCCGCCUGCCAGAGAACCCCACUGGAAUGAGAGCGAGAACUCUCCACCUGGCCCCCAUUCUCUUGGGGAGCCUUGGGCACAUCCCCCCGAAGGCCUGCAAACGUGCUAGCCACCAUGGGCCCCAGGACACAGGGAUGGACCCACACAUCCUUGCUUCUGGAGUGGCCCACUCAGCCCGCGAAGGACUGCCCUCCCUCAGCCUUCCCUCUCCUCUUCUCCAACCACAACUCCCAAAGUUUCUGGAGAAGAUCAACAGCCCUAGUGUGUCCCAGGACGGUGGCGCAUGGCCUCAGCUGGUGCCCCAUUUUGAAUUGCUCCCCCUUUGUUGAGACACCCCCUUUGUGUUGGCAUCAGGAACGGGGCCCAGGCGGCCUGGGCUCUAGUGUGAGGGCCCUGGGUCUAGGCCUCCUGUGGCUCUUGAAAGACCACGAAGAGGGACAUAAGUCACCUUCUGUCCUCUACCAGCUAUCUUCUCCUGCAGGGGACACCCAAGCUGUAACCUCCUGGCACCCUCAGCCAUAUUUACAUAGGCAAAUAAGGACAGGAAAAUCCAGCUUCUGAAGGCCUGCUUUAAAAAGAAAAGAAAAAGGCAACAAGAACCCUUUAAUUCCUGACUCUGUCCUCAGAAGUGUGCUUGUUACCUGUUUGAAAAGCCUGUAAUUACGUGUGCUGGCUGCUUCCGGCUCAAAAAUGCUGUGAGGCCAAAGUGAGGCCUGAGAGGGCACACAAAGGAAGAAAGUCCUGGCAGGACGGGAGGAGGCCAUGGUGGCAGAGAAAGCUAAGGCACGAGGACAAAGCCUAGUGGGGCCUGCUUCUGCAUCCUAGGACUCCUGGGCUUUGGAUUCUGGACUCCGGAUGUGAAGGUGUCUGGCUUUCCAGAUGUAGCAGAGAGUGGGGGCCCAGAUGUUAGAAAAGGGUGGGGGCCAUUAGGUUAUCUCUGAAGGCGAGGUUUAAUUUCCUUUAAUAGUGUCUAAUUAUUCCCCUUCCUGCUGCCUGCAGUGGGAGGGGAAAGCUCAGCAACACGGAGACCCUGCGCCUAGCUUGGGUUUCACCUGUGAGCAAACACCCGUGGCAGCCCUGUGUCCCCUCCAUAGAAGGGAAGAUGGAACUGCCACAGGGGUUAAUAGUCUGGCCCCAGGUGAGGUCACCGAGAGGUGCAUGCAUAGGCAGGCAGGCUUGGCCAGUGAAGGGCAAGAGGUGGUCCCUGCCCCAGACAGGCAUGGGCAGCAGGGAGCUGGCCUGCCCUCUUCCCGCUCAUUGCCUGUGGGACCAUCUCAGGGGCCCUGAGCCCCUGGGCCUUCGCCUCCUGGGUUUUCAGUGGCCCCUGGUGAGAUCUAGAUUGAGCCAGGUGCUGUUAAACCCUUUUAGCCUUGGAACCCUUAGUAAUCAGAAGUUUACAUGGAAACCCAAGAUUACAUGAAACUGACAAAAAACAGAACUGCUCUGGUUUAAGGUGGCGGGGGCAGUGUACCUGGAUCCUCCCCUUCCAGAAGGCUCUUUGGAACCCCAUCCAUGUACAAGCCCGUGGCCUAACCCGCUCACUCUCUGAUGAUAAUUGCAAGGAAGUCUCCCCCAAGAGGAGAAGGAAGCUCUUCAGGGGCCAGGGGUGUGUGGCCAGGGUUGGGACUCCCCAGAGAAAGGGUGCAGAGGGGAGGGGGCCACUGCAGAGAGAUGGGGAGGUGGGGCACACGGCUUCUACAGUGGCACUAAGUGUAAAAAGUGCUGGAAUUGCUGCUGGGGCUGUUGGGACACGCUGAUGUCCCAUCUGAGAAUGUUCUGGGUGACCAGUCACCUCCUUUCUGAUUAAUAAAAAUGUCAACAUGCAUUUCAAGUGACUGCCUCCUUAGCUUCUGUUUGUUGGGCUGUGGGGAGGAUGGAAGAAAGUGACGGGGGUCCAGCUUCCCGUUCCACCUCCCACA